GUCAGGUGAGUCAGGUAAGAAGUGGAACUUGGGCAAGACAGCUGAUCCAUUGGAGAAGCUGCUCCAUUCACCCAAGCAACAAGCAGGCAAACACACCUCCUGCAAGGGAGAACCAGCUUAGCUUUUCUACUCAAUCAGGUUUCUUCCUUUUCCAUCUCCUUUCUUUUCCUGCUCUGGUCUGGAAAUGGACACCAAAGAGCCACCUGGGAAAGAAAGUGUGGGGGCCAGGAAAAAAAACUUGACCUUCAUAAGGCACAGGCUGUACAUGCUGGAGAGGAGGAAGACAGACACGGUGGUGGAGAGUCAUAUUUCUGGAGACCACAACAGCUCUGGGACUUUGAGGAGGAGUCAGUCCGACAGGAGUGAAUACAACCAGAAAUUACAAGAAAAAAUGGCACCACAAGCAGGGUCCUUGGGGCCAGUUGGCUCACCCCUGGAAAGUGAAGAACAGCUGAACAGGCGUCUGAUGGCUAGAAGGCACAAGAUAAUUACAGAAAUGGUCCAGACCGAAAAAGACUAUCUCAAUGAUCUGGAACUGUGCAUCAGAAUAGUGGUCGAACCCUUGAGAGGAAGGCAGAUUGCUAGGCUCGAUGUAGACGGCUUAUUUAGCAACAUUGAAUCCGUCCAUCAGAUCUCAACCAGGCUGCUGUCAUCACUGGAAGAAGCAACGGCGGACGUGGAGCCGGCCAAGCAAGUAAUCGGGCAAGUGUUUUUGCAGAUGAAAGACCUACUAGAAGACACAUAUAAAAUCUACUGUUACCAGCACGAUGAUGCACACGUCCUGCUGGAAUCCUACGAAAAAGACGAAGAACUGAAGCAGCAUAUACGUGACUGCCUACUGUCCUUAAAAAAGAUAUAUGAAGAAGGGGGGAAACCAAACCUUCUGGACAUGGGAUCUCUGAUGAUCAAACCCAUCCAACGUGUGAUGAAGUAUCCCUUGUUGCUAUGUGAGCUCUUGAAUGCAACUCCCAGGUCCCACCCGGACCACACAGCACUGCAGGAUGCCUUGGUUGCUGUGAAAGGCAUGAAUACAAAUAUAAAUGAACUUAAAAGAAGAAAGGAUUUAGUGCUGAAGUAUAAGAAAAAUGACGAAGAUGAAUCCCUGAAAGAGAAAUUUGCAAGACUAAACAUUCACUCGAUUAGUAAAAAAUCGAAGAGAGUAACUGGCCACCUGAAAAUUCUGACUGGAGGAGAACCUCAGGUGAAAGAUGAAACUUUUAAUAAAGAGGAGAAGUUGUUUAGAAGUUUGGAAAAGACGGUCAAACUCUGCGUGAAGAAUAUUUCGGUGUCUCUACAGCAUCUGAAGGAGUCUACGCUUCUAGCUGCACAGAACGUAACCGAACUUCAAGAUUUUCUGCACGAGAAAGAAGAUGAGGAAAAUGGCUUUUCAAACACCUUGAUUAAUGCUGAAAAGCCCAGCGAACGAUAUGCAGAGCAAGUAGAGAAGAUGGUUUUGGUCCCCCUGUCAGCGUUGCAGGCCCUCUUCCCAGGCCCUCAGAAGCUCAUCCAGAAGCGCUAUGACAAACUGCUGGAUUAUAAUAGCUACCACCAAAAGGCGGCGGGAGAGGAGAUGGAUUUGGCCAGGAAAGAAUACGAGGCUCUCAAUGCCCAGCUGGUGGAGGAACUCCAGACGUUCAACCGGGCAGCAAAGCAAAUCGUGAGCAACUGCCUGUGUUGCCUCGUCACUCUCCUGCGGGGGAUGAUGUCAUCAGCUCUGCAAUCCUAUUCCAUGGGGGAAUCCCUCACAUCACUGUCGUCUCCAAGCAUCAGCGAAGUUCAGCACCAGGUUCUCGAAGACAUACACAGUCUGAAUUUUGUCAAAGAAAACAACAGCAUAAAUUUCAUUGAGAGAAAGCUGAGCUUUGAAAAAAAGAAGCCAACUCCUCUCCAGCCUGAAUUUCCACGGCAGACUGAAAGCCACAGGUCCAUGAUACUCUCCACAUACAACUCAGACUUGCUGUACCAAGCCAAGCGCAAAUGCAACGCCACUCAGGAGUUUGAUAUUGAUCUCUACGAAGGAGAAUUGGUGGCUGUCGUGGAACGAAAGGAUCCUUUCGGAAGUACUGGCAGAUGGCUUGUCGACACUGGAAUUUCGAAAGGAUACGUUUACUCCUCCUUCCUGAAGCCCUACAAUCCAGCAAAGGCACAAAAGGAGGCUUCAGAUGCCAGUUUCUGCGACGGCGACUUUGAUAACAUCAGCCUUUUUGUCUCCGUGAGGCAAGUGGAUGACGGCAGCACAAAACCCACAGGGCAGCACAAGAGAAGCGGAAGCAGCUCUUCCUACAAUAGCCUGUGUGAAAAGGCAGCUAUUAACGGGACAGAGGUGGAUUGCUUCUACGGAGUGGACGACCAAGAUGUAAGCAUUACAUUUUAUGCGGUUCAUGCAUUUCAAGCAAGGAGCCACCAGGAGCUCAGCCUUCAAGAGUACCAGCGAGUUCGGAUCCUUCGUUUUUCCGACCUGAGCGGCAACAAGGAAUGGUGGUUAGCGGAAGCGAAAGGACAAAAGGGAUACGUGCCAGCAAAUUACCUUGGGAAGAUGACUUACGCAUAAACAUCAGAAACACAACACCUAAUUCUCUGAAACGUCAGAGGCAAAAGUCUUCCGUUUUGCUCUGGUCUGCUCAAAAGUUCGUUGGUAAAUCAAGAGCUGAAGAACUUAUGAAGGAGGUAUUUAAAACAAAGAAAAAACUGUUGUCCUGAAUUGCUUGCAUCCUUUCACUUUGCCACACUGCUUUUGUUGGAAUCUCCCCUGGUGUAUGGAGAGUCAGUGUGGCAUCGUGGUUAGAGUGUCUGACUAGGACCUGGAGAGACCUGGGUUCAAAGAGACCCCAGUCAGCCAUGAAGCUCAUUGAGCGUCCUUGGACCAGUCACUGCCUUUCAGCCAAAUCUACCUCGAAGGGUUGUUGUGCAUCAGGGCUGUGUCAGGUGUGUGUGCAGGAGCCAGGCCCUGUGACCAAUAGGACUUUGCAGGACUGGGGCCUUCCUAAGUUUGUUCUGAAG